GGAGGAAGACGUCACUGGGGUGCGACGCAGAGAAAAAACGCGUGUUUUGCCUGUUGGUGGCUCCGGGUCCGGUUCUGGGUCCGCUUUGCGAGGAGAUGGAUGAGCGGGGUCGGCAGUGCUCCGUGUGGCUCGGUUCUGAGACCGGAAUCCUGAAGGGGGUCAGCCUGUCCCGGAAGCAGGCCUUUAACUUCUGCAGCUCGACCCACCUGAGCCGCGACCAGGAGGUCCGGGUUCUGUGCUGGGCGGAUACGGCGGAGAGCGAGCUGCUGCUGGGUUCGGUGGACGGCACCGUCAGCACCUUCAGCGUGGAGAAGAGCCGCCUGACCGGCAGGCGGCGCUACGGCCGGCCGGAGGAAGGCUGCUUCAGCGGGCUGGCCGCGGGCCGCGGACCCGCCGCCGUCACCGUCACCUGCGUGGAGACCGGUGCGCUGCGGGUCUGGACCGAGGACCGGACCGAGCCCGUGGCCGAGAUUCAGGCAGGCACGAACGUCUGCAGGAUGCGGCAGAACCCGGUCCACCGGAACUGGGUCGGUACCGGCGGCAAAGACACCGGCCUGAAGAUCUGGGACCUGGACAGACCGGAUGCGGCCGUUUUUACCGCCAAGAACCUGCGGGACGACUGUCUGGACCUGCGGCGGCGCCAGUGGGUCCGAGACUUGGGCUUCAUCCCGGGAACCGACAAGGUGGUGACCUGUACCGGUUACCGUCAGGUCCACGUCUAUGACCCGUCCACGCCACAGCGCCGGCCCGUCCUGGAGGCAGAGUACAGCGAGUACCCACUCACCGCUCUGUCCCUGCCCGGCGGUGGCAGCACAGUGGUGGUGGGGAACACCCAGGGCCAGGUGGCCGUGCUGGACCUGAGGAACGGUCGGGUCUGUGGCUGUCUGAAGGGUCUGGCAGGCGGCGUGCGGGACCUGCAGUGCCACAUGUCGCAGCCUGUGGUGGCGUCCUGCGGCCUGGACCGUUUCCUGCACAUCCACAGUCUGGAGGAUCGUAAGGUGCAGCACAAAGUCUACCUCAAGUCCUGCCUGAACUGUCUCCUCCUCGCCAGCCGAGACCUGGAGGCUGGAGGAGGAGACGCUGUGGAGGAGGCGGUUCCAGAGGUGAAGGAGGAGGAGGAGGACGAGGACGAGGUGUGGGAAAGCAUGAAACGAGUGGAGGAGAUGGAGGACGGGGUGAAGAGAAAGAAGAUGGGACAGAAAGAGAAGUAUAAAAAGAAACUGAGGGGGACCAAGACUGAGGACAGUUCAGACUGAAAACAGGAACCACAACAUCUCUUCCUGUCUGAGGUCAGGGUUCUGCUGGUUCUGGCAGAACCCUGACCUCAGACAGGAAGAUCGAAGCCACCACACCGCAGAACUGCCUUAGGACCUGGAUGGCAACCACCCAGACAGCUAACUGGUCCGUCCCUAUAACUGUCUUCUAAUCAGCAGAUGAAAUAAAGUGUUUUCUGUCUCA